AUGCUCUUUCUUUCUUCACAUGUGUUUCCCUUCCGUGCUCUCCCCCCUUCUUUUCCAUCCUCCGUCCCCCUCAUCUCUCCCAUCCCCACCGUCCCCUCUACCCCUCCCAUUCUCAGUCGCCCUCAUUCCCUCAUUCUGAACCUGCCCCAGGAUUCCGCUCAUCCUUAUCCCCAUCCCAUCCCCGCCCUCUCCCCUUUUCUGCACGCCUUUUUUGGCCCAAUCACAGCGCGCCACGUCACCCACCCCGACCUCCACGUGUCACUGUCCAUGACUACCCUGCGCGCCAAGCCAGUCCCUACUACCACCACACUUCCCACCCCAUCGCUAUCCCCAUCCAUAACUCUCUUGUCGCCUCGUGCUGUUGCCACUGCUCCUCCCCCUCCUCCCCCUCCUUCUCCCUCUCCUCCUCCUCCUAAGCCUUCUCCUUCAGUUAUUCCUGCUCCUUCCACUUCCUCCCCUUCCUCCUCCUACUCCCCUUUCGCCUCCUCCUCCCCUUCCGCAUCCUCCUCCCCUUCCGCCUCCUCCUCCCCUUCCGCCUCCUCCUCCCCUUCCGCCUCUUCUUCCUCCCCUUCCGCCUCCCCCUCCCUUUCCGCCUCCUCAUCCCCUUCCGCCUCCCCCUUCCCUUCCGCCUCCUCAUCCCCUUCCGCCUCUUCUUCCUCCCCUUCCGCCUCCCCCUCCCUUUCCGCCUCCUCAUCCCCUUCCGCCUCCCCCUUCCCUUCCGCCUCCUCAUCCCCUUCCGCCUUUUCUUCCUCCCCUUCCGCCUCCCCCUCCCCUUCCGCCUCCUCAUCCCCUUCCGCAUCUUCCUCCUCUCCGCCCUCGUCCCCUCUACCUACCAGCAGCACCAAUGCAUCCACAACCAUCCCUCAGGUCACGUCAACCCUCCCCCCUGCCUUCUCCCCUCCCCCUCUUCCAUCCCCUGUUUCCAUCCCCUCUUCUCCCCCAUCCCUCGCCUCCUCGUCUCCCUCCUCUCCUCCCUCCUCCCCUCCCUCCUCUCCUCCCUCCUCCCCUCCUCCCCCCAGUUUCCCCCCUCCUCCCUCUCCCCCUCCCUCCUCUCUACCUCCAUCCCCCCCCAGCUCCUCCCCCUCUGCUCGCUCCUCCUCUCCCCUCCCCGCUUCACACACAGCACCACAUCUCCACCACCCCUCCUCUGUCUCACUGCCUGUGUCUGCUCACGGCAUACCUGCACCUCCACCUGCACCUGUACCUCCAACCAGCCUCCUCCCUCUCAUCCAGUCAGUCCAAGCUAUGGCUUCUGCUCUUCUGCUCGAGGAGGAGCCUACUAGUCAAUCUUCCGCGGAUUCUCCUUAUUUCCGUGGUUCUCCCGAGCCUACUACUCGCACGGCCGAUCCUACUGGUUCGUCUGAGGAUUGGGAUGAUCUGGUGAAGUCUGUAGUUCUGGGUGUGAUGUGCGUCCCCUCUGCUUCUGCCGAUGCUGCUGAGUCAACGCAGGUCAACGUUCCCAGUGCUGCUGCUGAGUCAACGCAGGCUGCCACGGCGACAGAAACCUCUGCGACCGAAGCAGCCGAGGUCAAAGCAACAGAGGCUAGAGCAACAGAGGUUAGAGCAACAGAGGAUAGAGCAACAGAAGUUAAAGCAACGGAGGUUACAGCAGCAGAGGUUAAAGCAACAGAGGUUAAAGCAACAGAGGAAACAGCAGCAGAGGUUACAGCAGCAGAGGUUACAGCAACAGGGGUUAAAUCAGCAGAGGUUAAAGCAACAGAGGUUACAGCAGCAGAGGCUAGAGCAGCAGAGGUUAAAUCAGCAGUGGUUAAAGCAGCAGAGGUUGGAACAGAGGUUACAGCUGCAGAGAUCAAAGCGACAGAGGUAACAGCAGAAGCGGAGGAACCAGCAGGAAUCAAAGGAGGAGCAGCAGCAGAAGAAGCGGCCAGAAACUUGCAUGGCCUAGAUGCUCCAGCGGUGUCUGUACUCGCAGCUGUAGAAGCAUCUGCUGUUGACACUCCAGCUGCAGACAAUCAGGCUGUGGCAGUUUCGGCUGUCGCAACUUCUGCUAUGGCAACUCCUGCUGUGGCAACUCCUGCUGUGGCAACACCACUGAGACACCGGCAGCCACAGGAGAAGGAUCCGCAGCAAGCGGAGUAG